AGAUGUUUCAAGCUGAGAUAGAGUCCUCGCAUAACCGAAGAAAAAGUGCAUUAGACCACCUCAGAGACUCCCAACUCACUAGAAAGCAAACCCAGGAAGUUCUGAAGAAACUGCUUCAAAGAGACAAAGUCGUUCCUUCCAAACCAAGAUGAAUUAACAAGACUACUAGAGAAUGUGUCUGAGAGCAUUGCAAAAAGUCUAAAAUUCAAUUUAUCAACAAAGAUUCACUAAAUGAUGCUCAGACCAGACUCCUGAUUGAAGGCGAUAAAGUGAGAUAUGAACUCAGUCUUGAUAAAAUAAAAAGGAUUCAUAAGCAACAAUUAUUUGAAGUCCACAACCUGGAUAUAUUCACCAAUAUGGGAGUCAAGUCUCUAUCUAAUAAAAUGAAGGCUAUUGAGCCUACAUAUACGACUACUGAUAUGGACUUAAGAGAAGUGCAUCCGCCACUACCCGUUUUUCAGAAAUUUGAGAAAGCCAAAAAGAAAAGGAGUAUAUCCCAAGGAGGGGAAAAACAUAAUAACAAAAAUACCAGCAAAAUGCAUGACCAGAAGUCACACAAAACCGACUCCGAGGGUCACUUCAACCCUUUUGAGAUUAUGGGCGAGCAAUCAAAUCCUCUGGAAAUUAGGAAUAGAAGAUCUGUCUUGUCGUAUAAGUAUAAUAAAUCCCAAGCCAAAAAGAGUGAAACAGAAGAAAACUCUGAAAAAGCAGAAAGGAAGGAUACAGCUCCAGUAUCUAGGCGAGGAUCGCAAUCUUUUCAGGCUAAAUUUAAGCCACAACAUAAGCACUUUAUUAACACCAAGAUUGACCCUAAAGAGUUGGUAAAGCUGAAGUCACUAAACACAAGGGCACAUUCCCCAAGGCUCUCAGCUCAAAAUAAGCUACAAAAGUCAAGAGAAUUUAAGAAGAUUGCAAAAAACUCAGAGACAAAGAAAUGACAAUUUAAGAAAGAUAAAAAGAACUCUCAGCAUAAGGCGAGUCUGUGAGAACUUCAAAGCUCUCAAAAGUUGUCCAUAAUAGAGAGCAACAAGGACGACUUGACUAAGUCUUUCGGAUGCCAAACCUUUGAGAAGCCCUUACAAUCUCCUAAAAUUAACAAAGAUUUGUACAUAAACGAAUAUGCAAUGAUAAAUGUACAGAAGAAGAGGAAGUGCAACUCAAAAACUCCCAUAGGUGGUGUCAGAGUGCCUCAAAUCAUCAAAUAUCGAAACAUGCCCAUCCUCAGAUCUAAAGCUAAGGUUUCAGGCGACUCAAAAGUACAAUACAAGGCUAAAGAAAUUUUAACUUUUAAAUUUAAUGCUACUGAGCCAGACAUUUGAUUUGGAGGCAAUAUUAACUCUUUAAUCAAUCAGAGCAACACUACUAUGUCCAUUUACUCCCCAAGCAAGUUGACGAAUAAGACAACUCAUAACCUUGGUUCUAAAAUCUCUUCAAUAAAAUCAUAUAUGGCUCAGACACAUUCAAGGAUCUCAAAAGCUGUGAAAGGGAAAGUUGCUAGUAGUCAUGGCCUGCGUACUCCUGCAAGGAACAACACAUCUGUAGGAAGCCCUUCAGUUCAUUUCCGGAAUAAAAAUAUCACACACAAAAUUACUGCUAAGCCUCAGUUCAGGGAGCUCCUAAAGAGCAAGUUUAAUACUCUAAAAGGACUUCAUAUGUCCAGUGAGGUGUAGUUAAAUUUCAUGAACAAUUCCAGAAAUUAUGGCUGAAUUU